UCUAACCGAAAAGCUGGAGCAGCAGCGGGAGCUUCACGGUGAAUCACAGCUCGCCGUGAGGAGAUCUAGCGGUCAGUGUCCGGAGCCGCACACUCGCUGCUGUCCGCGGCUGGAAGGGGGCUGGCCGGUGUCCGUAGACGCUGACAGGUGUCCGGAGACACUGGCCGGUGUCCGGGGCAGUAGGGGGGCUGGCCGGUGUCCGGAGACACUGACCGGUGUCGGGAGACGAUAGCCAGUGUCCGGGCCGAUGCCUGUCACUGGAGGCAGCGGUCAGUGAGCGGCCGGAAUGGAUGAGACGCUCCGGAUCAUGGAGGACCUGAACCUGCUCUACAUCCGACAGAUGGCCCUCAGUCUGCAGGACUCUGAGUUCCAGGAGAAGAUCGACCGUGAGCUGCGAGUGAGGGAUGGUGCCUGCAGAUUGCUGGCAGCCUGCACGCAGAGGGAGCAGGCACUGGAAGCUGCAAAGAGCCUGCUGGUGUGUAACGCCCGCAUCACCUCCUGCAUGUCGCAGGUCCAGAGGAUGAAGGAACGCCAGGUGAUCCCGCGCCGGGUCAGGCGGUCCUCAGAUGCUGCUCUCCUCGACGAUCGCCUACCGUGCAAGGGGACGGUCAGUAUCCUCCGAAUUCCUUUGAUGUGGAAAGACACGGAUUACUUCCAAAACAAAGGAGAUGGGCAUCGCUACGCUGUGUUCGGUCUGAUGCAGGUGGGCUGUGACAUUUACGACACAGAGAUGGUGAUUGUGGAUCACACCGUGACUGACAUCUGUUUUGAAAGUGCUGUGGUGUUUGCCAGUGUGGGUCCAGAGUUUGAGGUGAAGCUGGAGAUCUACAGCUGCUGUGUGGAUGAUGAUUUCUCGGGGAGCAGCGGGCCGCGGAGUUUUUUGGCGAGCAAGUUGUCCAGCUCGCUGGGUCGUUCUACGGGGAAGAGGGUCCGUGCGGGGCUGAACGCUGCCGGUGAUUCACCGUCUAAUGGAGCCGCCAACGCCAUCUUGCUGCCAGCCUCUCCCGUGGGGGGCCCAAAGUACCAUCUCCUGGCCCACACCAGCCUCACCCUCACUGAUGUCCACAGUGGAGUCCGCACACACGGUCUCAACCUGGUGGACAGGGAGGACCCAUGGUCCUGGCUGCCUCUCUAUGGCAGUGUGUGUUGCCGUCUCGCUGCCCAGCCACACUGCAUGACACACACCCUCAUCACCAGCUACCUAAACCUGCAGCAGCGGGUGGGACAGCUGCCGGGCCGGAGCCGGCUGUGGUGCGUCCUGCGUGGAACCAACCUCCAGUGUUACCGCUCUCCGGGGGAGGCCGAGGCUGGGCGCGCAGCAGCCGCCAACAUCAGCGUCAACAAGGACACGCGUAUCCGGGCGACGGGAGCGGACACCAGUGGCGGCAGCAACUGUAUCUCCAUCAGCAACCGCGUAGGGGCAGAGGAGGUGACGCACAGACUGGCCGCAGAUUCCCAGCAGCAGAUGCACCGCUGGAUGGAGGUCUUCUGGCAGCUGUUCUAUGACAUGAGUGAGUUACAUCAGUGCAUGGCGACCUCUUGCUGUAACGAGUUGAUGAGGGUGGAGACACCGUCUCCCCGGAGACGCCUGGUGCCGGUGCCCAGGACGGGAGCAGCGCUGUACCGGGAGACAGUUAUUGACGCCCAGGAGGGCAGUGGCCGGAUCCCGGCUCCUGCCGGUGGACAGAGACAGGUCCCGGUGGCCCCACGACCGGCAGGGUUGGAGGUCCCGUGUCGGGGGGAGCCGGGGGCCCGGCUGGAGCGGCGCCUGGUGUCGGGUCAUGGCCGCUGCCGGGACUGGGUUCAGAGCCAGUCGUUCCCGCUGGUGCCCGGCGAUGGGACAACCGUGUCCCCGGACCGGCGGCACCGGACCCGCUCCCUGGACGGUCGGCUGGCCGGCGGCGAGGCCCCGGUGGAGCGCAGAGACCGCAGCCCCGGGCCCGGGGUGUGGACCAUCCACCCGCCCCCACCGUGGACACAUCCCCGGCCCAACACACACACUGACCGCCGCCAGACACAGGUCUGAGCCCACACCGGGACAUCGCGGGGUCAUGGGGAGGAACGGGUUAGUAGGGACAGAUACAUCAGCCAUGAUUGAAUGGCCUCGAUGGGCCGAAUGGACUAAUUCUACUAUCACAUGACAUGGGGAAGCGAUGUCUCCUCGCCUGGCCGGGGAGAGAA